AUGUCGCCUAUGAUUGGAUCUUUCUUUGGGAAGGAUUUGCAAGAAAAGACCGGUAGGGCUACGGAGCAGAGAGAGGCGCGUGAGAAGGAUUCUGCGGCCAAAAAAAGCCAUAGUCGCACACAUCUAAGUGCAAUAUCUUGGCUCAUCGGAAGAGACUCGAUCCGAUGUCGUUGGUGUUACUUAAAAUAUUCCCCUGAGCCCGCCGUGGGGGUUGAGAGCCCACUGACGUGA